AUGGCUGCCUCCAUCAGGAAUGGUGCUAGGGUGACAUUGAUAGCAAAUCGAUGGCUUUUCCGCGUUAUGUAUCAAAGGGCAUUUUCAACUUGUCAGGUGUGUUGUGGAAACACCUGGUAUGUUUAUGAUAAACCAAGUCGCUUAAAGGUUUAUUAUGAGAGCAAGGUUCAGCCUGACACUUUAACUGACAAAGGUGAUAUAAAAGAAAUAAAAAUACCAGACAAGAUUGAAAGAAGCCCUACAGCUAUCCUAGAAGCCUUAGCAUCCACAGUCAAUAAUAAUGUUAACCAGCCAGUGUACAAGUCCAUUGAUGAUCCUUACCUGUAUGUCAGCUCUGACAGGAGUAAGAAACAAUUGUUGGCUUCGAUGGAUAGUGGCCGUAAAACUGCCCAGAUGAUGGUUUCAAUGUAUCCUGAUUAUUUCACACAAAUUUGGGAUGAACCUCUUCCUGAUUCCUACAGGGAUGCAAACUUAGGAUACAAAUUUACAGACCCCAGUGAAGAGGCCUUGCUUGAGAGAAUUGACAAAUUUGCUGUUGAAGAUGCUAUCAGUAUUUAUAAAACAUUGAUGAAUGACAAUAAAAUCCCCAGUCAAGAAACUCAAGAAAAACUUCUAGACCUGCUGCUUGUCUUCAAAUGUAAGAGUCCACAACCAGUUAGUGAUCUGAGUACUUACGUGAAUCUGGCUCCACUCAACAAGAAUGCACCUUUCCCAGUAUCCACUUGGCAGAAUAUGGAUAUAGCGGAAGAGGUUUUCAAUUCUUUGCCAAAUAAAACUGCCACUGCUUACUGCAGUAUGAUCAGAGGAAUGGCAGCCUGUUUUGACAAGAAAUCGGCUUUGGAAAUGUUCAACAGAAUGAAGUCAGCUGGUUUUACUGCUGAUGUAUACACUUACAAUAUGCUAGUGAGUAUCGCCUCGCUAGAUUCAGAGGCUAUGGAGGAUGUAACACAGUGGAUUGAGUCAAUUCUUAGAGAUAUGGCGGCCGCCAAUGUGAGACCUAAUGCAGAGACUUUCAAUUCUGCACUGGCAAACUGCAGGAGGCUGAGCAGGUGGAUUGGCUCAAAGAAAUUUUCUUUGCAGUUAAUGUCAGAGAUGAAGGCAUGUGGAAUUGAACCCACCCUGGGGACUUAUAGUGAAUUGCUGAGAAUCUUUUACUAUGAGAAAGAAACAAGGUCCAAAACUCCAGCAUUGUUUGAAGGAAUUCUUAAAGCAAUUGAAGGCAAAGAGUUUAGUUGUGCAUCUGAUAGUGAUGUAAUGUUCUUCCGACUGGCAAUGAAAGCGAUUCGAGUUCAUUUCCCAGACGCAAAAUAUGCACUGAGGCUGCACAGAUUUCUUCUCACGGGCAAUCAUGUUAAUUUCCUUGGUCACAGACAGCUGCAGUAUUCUUACUAUGAUGAUCUCUUCACACUUAUCACACCCCUGGAGCACAUCAAUGUUGUCAUGGAAUUGUAUUCCUCCGUGGUGCCAUUUAUUUAUGCUCCUAGCUCUGACGUGUACACUGCCAUUUUGGAAAGUGUUCAGAUGUAUGAUGCAUACAAUUAUAUACCUCAGCUUUAUGCAG